GGCAGGAUCUGGUGCCAGUCCAGGGAUGUGGGCGCGAGAGAACAGGCCUUCGGCCCUCCCCGAACUCCAGGAGCAUGAGCAGUAAGAAGGGGGGGCCUAAAGCGGCCUCAGGGAAGCAGCAGCUGCCCACCCCUGGGGCCCAGCGCAGAGCGAAGCCAGGACAGAGCCGCCAGCAGCUGCCAGGGAAGACUGGCCAGCAGGUGCUGGGGCCUGCGCCCCCUGAGUGCCCAGAGGCCCCUGCAGGGCCCACUGAGGAGGACCAGGCAGCCACUGUCAUCCAGUGUGCCUUCAGGCGGCUCCGAGCGAGGAAGGAGCUGGCCCGCCGUCGCCGGGAGCACCGGGAGUACCGGGAGCAGAUGGAGAGGCUGCAGCAGCAGGCCUUCCUGACGCUGGUGCACCGGGAGCGGGAGGCGGCCCGACGCCAGCGGGAGGAGGAGGCCAAGGCUGAGCUGCGGCGGCAGGAGGAGCGGCAGCGCCAGGCGCGCCUGCUCGACGCAGCCUUCGAGGGCAACCUGGGGGAGAUCACCGCCAUCCUGCGGGAGGUGGAUGAGCUGCUGACCGCCGAGGGCGUGGGCCACGACGAGGCGGGCCUGGUGCGGCGGCGGCAGCAGCGCGUGGCCCUGUUGGAGUGUGAGGAUGCCCGUGGGAACACACCCGUGUCCGAGGCGGCGGCAGGCGGGCAGCCCCUGGCGAUCAGGCUGCUGGCCGCGCAGGGCGCCAGCCCCAACUGCAAGGGCGCCUUCGGCCGGACACCCCUGUACCGAGCUGCCUUCGGGGGCCACCUGGAGGCUGUGGAGGUGCUCCUGGAGCUCGGAGCAGACCCCAGGGUGUACGCAGAUGACGGAAGCACCCCAGAGCAGGUGGCUUCGCUGGACGCCGUGGCCUGCGCGCUGCAGUCCUGGGACCUGAGCCUCACAGAGGCCAUGCUCCGGAACAUGGAGGCUGAGCGGCAGCGCCGGGCCCAGGAGGCGGAGCGGCACAGGGAGGCAGAGGCCAAGCGCAUGAACCUCAAAGUGCAGCAGCUGGCUAAGGAGCAGCAGCAGCGUCACAAAGAACUGCAGCAGGCCUACUGCGAGCUCAACCGGAGGAUCGCCGAGCACGACAAGUGUGAGCAGAGGCGUGUGGGCGUGGCUGAGCUCACGCUGCAGGCCAUCAAGGACGCAGAGGCCCAAGUGGACAGGCUACGGCAGGAGGCCCAGAAGGCUGAGGAGACACUGGCCAUGGCCAGACUGGAACUGCGGGAGCAGACCCAGCAGGGGGAGGAGGAGCCCCCAGGGCUGACGUGCCAGGUCACUGAGCUGCACGAUGUACUGAUGAAGGACGUGGGCGACCGCAUCCGCGCGGACGGCAGGUGGCCUCUUGUCAUUGACCCUUCAGGCCAGGCAGCUACCUUCUUGCGCUACCAGGACACCAACUACUUGGACACCGUGAACCCGGACCACCUGCAGCCAGAGCGGGUCCGGCUGGCUCUGCUGGGAGCACUCAGGUACGGGAAGCCGCUGGUGUUCGACCUGCGGGAGGUGGACCUGUUCCCAGUGGUGCAGCAGCAGCUGGAGGCAGUGCAGCCGGGCCUGGCGCAGGAGCUGUUGAGCCACCGGCUGCUGCAGCAGGACAGGUACCUGUCUCUGCUUCGGCCCACCGAUGGGCCGGAGUACGGCCCCACCCAGUUCCAGGAGGCGCGCCUGGAGCAAUUCCGUCUCUUCUUUGUCACCAAGGUCCAGUGGCCCCCAGCUGAGCAGCUGCAGGUCCUGCUCCCGGUGAGGGUGCAGCUGCCCAGUGGAGGCCGCUAGUGCCCAGCACCAAUAAAGUGAAGCCCUCAGUCGGCCGCUGUGUGUGUCUGUGCAUCUGGGACAGGGUGGGGCUCAGCGUGUGUCCACAGCCCC